AUGCAAGAUAUUUUUGGUAACAACGAUGACGAAGACGAUGAAGAUAUAAUUGUCGCGUCUACGCAGCCGAUUCGUACACAACCAAUAAGUUUGUAUAACCCACUUGCACAUAUGCAAAAUGUAUGUAUGGAAAAUGAUGAAACAACCUUCGUGUUUGGAAGUGUCAUACCAAACCAUAUAGGUGAAGAAAUAGAGAUUGGGAUGGAGUUUGAAAACAAGGAAGCUUGCGUCUUUGCUCUACAACAUUGGCAUAUAACACACAGUGUUGACUAUUGGGUUUAUCAAUCUAACAAUGAACGACAUGUAUUUAAGUGUAAGAAACAAGACUGCAAUUUCAAGUGCAGAGCUUCCUUGAGAAGAAGGAACUUAAAAUGGGUGAUUAGUAAGCUGUCUGGGCCUCACACAUGCACUACCACGUCUGUGGCACAAGACCAUAGGAAGCUCAGUUCAGAAAUGAUUAGCCAUAGCAUCAGAGAACUUGUCAACUGA